AUGGCUGAGAAAAAGAAGAGUAAGAGUAUGGGUGUUGGGGUUGAGGUGUACUCUGCAAAUUCGGAUUCUUGGAAGAAAAUUGAGUUGGGUUUUCGGUUUAAGGUGCGUUCGACCAAGAAUAAUGCCAUUGUGAAUGGAAAUCCGUAUUGGGUCGCGAAAAUCGACGAGGAAAAGGGUGUAGAGAGUAUUCUUGGUGAGGCUUUAGUGUGCUUUGAUGUGACAAAAAUGGUUUUCAAGAUUUUGCCCCUUUCGGGAUUUAGCCUUCGUGGAGGGGCUGAGGUGCCAUUGGUGGAUUGGAAGGGUUCUCUUGGUGCAAUUGUGUGUGAUAAAAACUUCGAAAGGGUUGAGUCUCUUGAUGUUUGGGUGUUAGAUGAGAGUGAGAAGAUUUGGACCAAGAAUCACACUUUUGGGCCGAUCGAGCUGAAAGUCGAUCGGAUUUUGCAGUGUUCUAACAAUGGGAUGAUUCUUGGGGAGUGCCCUGACGGCAAGCUGUUUGUGUUAGAUCCUCUGAGUGGAAGUGUUGAGGAGAUUGUUAUCGACGAGGCCCAAAAGCGUUCUUCUUUUGUGAUCUACGGAUAUACCGAGAGUUUGGCAUGUGUUGAAGGAAUGGAAAAGGUGGUGGUGAAGAAAGAAGUCGAGGAAGAAAAGUAUGAAGAUGAAGAUGGGGAGAAUUCGGAGGAGGGGCCGGAUAUCAACAUUGCGAGUUUAUUGGCAUUCUAA